GUAAUGGAGAUGCCACCACUCCAUGACAAGCAUACGAUGGUCAGGAUUACUACCCAAAAUUUGGAUUCCCAUUUGGAAAAUCAUUAUGUUGGUGUUAGAAGCAAAGGCAUCGGAGCUUCAAUCUAUAGAAUACCAGACUAUAUAAUGAAGGUUAAUCCAAACGCAUUCAAACCGCAGCUGGUAUCGUUCGGGCCAUAUCACCAUGGAGAACUGCAUUUGUUGCCCAUGGAGAAAGAAAAACAUUUAAUAUUUGAAGACUUUAAAAGGUGCUACGGAUUGUGCACUGAAGACAUCGUGAAUGAGGUGUGGGACAUGUUGGAAGAUCUGCAGGGAUCGUAUGAUAAACUUCAUGAUGAAUGGAAAACAAAGCCAGACAAAUUUUUGGAGGUCAUGAUCGUGGAUGGUUAUUUCGUGUUGUUUGCCCUUUUGCUUGGUAUCCAUAAAUUGAGUGUCUACUUUACGGAAAUAAUGCGAGAUAUGUUGCUGCUUGAGAAUCAGCUGCCCAUGAAGCUUCUUGACAAGUUGUAUUCCAUGUUAAGGCUAGAUGAUGAUAGAAAGGUCAAAUCGCUUAUUUGGGAAUCCAACGAAUCGUUAAUGGAGAAAGACUACUUGCACCUUCUGGAUAUGUAUAGGCAGGAAUUGAAGGUUGACACGUCGUCUAGAGAGAGUAAACUUCAAGUCAGCCACUUGGGAACGAGUCAUGAGAUUCAGCUAGCCACACGCUUCCAUAAAGCUGGGAUCAAACUCGAGAAAGGGUGUGGCCUUGAUUUCUUGUAUUUUAAUGAAAACAAAGGUGUGUUGACCCUCUCGUUCAUCGAAAUGAAUGCUAACAUUGAAUCAGGCUUAUUGAACGCGAUGACAUUUGAGAAGCUUUCUGGGAUUGAUAACAUGGUAGGCUCUUUCGUCAUCUUGAUGGGUAAUCUACUGGAGAAAGAUGAGGUAGAUUCAUUCAAUCAGCUGGCCAAAGGCACGGUUUUAAGCAUGUGGGACAAAUACGCUUAUGUCUACUAUUCGGUGAACAAGCAUUGUAAGAGGCCAUGGAGAAUAUGGUGGACGACUCUAAAAAAUGUCAGCUUUCAAAGUCCGUGGAUCAUUAUCUCUGCUCUUUCUGCUAUUAUCGGUUUUGUGCUCCUUAUUAUCCAAACCAUAUCCGGAGUGUAUGGCUACUAUCUCUCACGUCGAUCUUGAUCCAACACCACUAACAUGCUUUGGUUUCAAUCUAGUUUUAGUUAUUUUGUAUUCUUAGCGUAUUAUUUGUGUGUUUGUGAGGCGAUAUCCUAUCUCUUACAUUAUUUUCAUGAUCUCGAACUUCAAAAAUUUAUCUUCUAAGCUCCAAA